AAAAUUUACUGAGGUUUUCUGGGCUGUUUAUAAACGCCGUAAAGCCGCAACCCCCAAACCGUCAGUUCCCCGCCGCUGCAAACGUUCUGUCCUUUUGAAGCAGCACUCGAUUAGUUCGCGACGCUGCUCGUGUCUAGAGAGAGAGAGAGAAAGAAGAUACAUAUAUAUCUAUAAAGAGAGAUAGAAAGAGAAAAUUUAAGAGAGAGAAUAUGCAGGAAACAGGAGAGAGAGAGAUGGUAACACCAGGCGAAGUGUUGGGGAAGGCUUCGGACUUGAAAGCGGGAAAGGGUACCUACUUCGCACCCCACAAUAACACCGUGUACGCUUCUCUCACUGGACGCCGAUCCAUUGUCACUCCUCCACCUGAUUCACUCGACCAGAGACCAACUGUGGAAGUUACGGGUCACAAGGCCCAUGGUGCUGUUCCUGAGCCCGGUUCUGUUGUCAUUGCUCGAGUCACUAAAGUUAUGGCUCGAAUGGCUUCAGCUGAUAUAAUGUGUGUUGGGCCCAAGUCUGUGCGAGAGAAGUUCAGUGGUGUUAUUAGGCAACAAGAUGUUAGAGCAACUGAGAUUGACAAAGUGGAUAUGCACUCAUCCUUCCGCCCUGGUGAUAUUGUUAGAGCUUUAGUUCUCUCUCUUGGAGAUGCGCGGGCAUAUUAUCUAUCAACUGCGAAAAAUGAAUUGGGUGUUGUAUCUGCAGAAAGCAUGUCAGGUGCAAUAAUGGUGCCAAUAAGUUGGACAGAGAUGCAGUGCCCAUCAACUGGCCAAAUUGAGCAGAGAAAGGUUGCUAAGGUUGGAGCUUAACAAACUGAUAUCAAGGAGGGAUUUUAUAUUUUAGAGGUAGAGUAUUUAUGGUGAUUGUAUUGUUUGAUUCAAUAUUUAGUGAUGCCCUUCCAGAAAAGUUGUACUUUCUGUCAUAUAUAUGCCUACUAUGAACUUCCCUAUCAGGUGAUAUAUAUAUAUUUUUUGCAAAAUAUAUUUAUGUUUCAUCAUUUGGAAACAAAUAUUACAGUAUAUUGGAGGAAAAUGUUUCUCUCAA